CUUGAACGCAUCACCAAUGAGUAAACAUGGCGCCGACCAAGAAACGCAACGUGAGUUCGUCAAAAACAACAAAACAAAGUGUAAUAACGCCUAAAAUCGAAAUCAGCCACAAAGUGGGCCGUAUACUUAACAACAGAACACGUGCCAACGACGUGUUUGACCUACUGGAGUUCCUUCAGUCAGACAAUGAGAAGCAUUUCAAACGUGCUGUCAUGUCGUGCAACAAACUGUUCUGCACCUUGUUGAAGAAGAAGGAUCUGUACAUUGGAAAACUGCCCGAAGAGGAGGAGGCGUUGAGAGGAAGUUACAGUGCGGAGGAGAAGUACCAAAUCUUCAUGAGGCACCGUUACAACAGCUGUGUGGAAAUACUGCUCGACCUCCUCUGCCAUGAAGUUCACGAUGUCUGGGAGAGUUCCCUGUGCUGCUUGAUGAAGUUUGCCACCGCAGAAGGACAGCAUCCUCUUGAGGACUUGGACUGGAGUGAACAUUACAGCUUCCCGAGGGAACUCAUCCAGAGAGUGGUGGACAGGUUGCUGUCCAAAACUGUGGACAAUUCCAUGCUGAUCUCCCGGUUCCAGGAAUACCUUGAGAUGGUGGACGUUAGCUACUAUACAAUGAGCUCUAUCCGUGAGAGUUUUGGCCAAAUAUUGGAUAAAAACAAAGGGGCAGUGUCACCCAUAUACCAGUACAAUGUGUUCACCCUCAUGUCCAACAUCAGUGUGCCAAGCCAGGAGUCAGAGCUAACCAACUUCCUGGUCAAACAGGAAGCCAAGCAUGAGGACUGGAAAGCAGCUAAACUGAAUGAGCACAAGCGUGUCUUUGAGAGGAUGUGGCUUGGCUUUCUCAAAUAUAAGUUGCCAAGCAGCAUGUAUAAAAAGGUCUUGGUGAUUCUCCAUGACUCCAUUUUGCCCCACAUGAGUAAACCCGCACUGAUGAUUGACUUCUUGACUGCGGCCUAUGACGUUGGUGGCGCAAUCAGCCUACUGGCCCUCAAUGGCCUUUUUGUCCUUAUACAUCAACACAACCUGGAUUACCCUGAUUUCUACAAGAAGCUGUACAAUCUACUUGAGCCCUCUAUUUUCCAUGUGAAAUACAGAGCACGCUUUUUCUACUUAGCCAACCUCUUCCUUAGCUCCAGUCACUUACCAGUCUACCUAGUGGCUGCAUUUAUCAAACGCCUGGCUCGUUUGGCUCUUACGGCACCGCCCGCAGCCAUCCUCAUCGUGCUGCCCUUCAUCUACAACCUGAUCCGUCGCCACCCGUCGUGCAGGGUCCUCAUUCACAAGCCCAGCACAGAGGAUGAGCCUUUGGAGGACCCGUAUGCAAUGGAGGAAGAGGACCCUGCUCUGUGCCGUGCAUUAGAGAGCAGCUUGUGGGAAGUGAAGACUCUGCAGAGACAUUACCAUCCUGAUGUGUCAAAAGCUGCAAUGCUGAUCAACAGCCCGCUUUCAGAGCAAGAGCAGGACAUCAGUGAGGUGCUGGAGAUAACAGCCUAUGAGCUGAUGGAGAAAGACCUGAAGCAGCCAGAGAACAAGAACAUCCCACUGGAGUUUGAGAAGGCCUCACAGUUACUAGUAGGAGGAGGGAAUGUGUUAGGACAACACUUCUGUCUGAAUUAAAAAUGACUCCAAAUGUCAACUUUUCUCAGGACCAAUUCAUGCACCAGUUUGGACUGAACAGGAAAUCUGGACAGACUCCCGCUUAGAAAACAACCUGCCUUCCUGAGACAUGUUUGAUCAGGUGUUU